AAAUACCGAGAUGCUGCCAUUGAAGAAGCCCGAGCUCGCACGGCGUGCCUUCAUGGCAUCUCUCGCCUCGAUCUCCGCCCUUGUCGCUGGGCGUCCUUUCGAUCGCGCUCGCUUUCCCUCCCCUCAGCGAGCCAAGGGGUUCAGGGUCUUCGCCCGGACCGAAGGCAAGGACGCCCCGAUCGAGGAGAAGAAAUCCCUGGCUGUCGCCACCGGGGAGCUGUUCCUUGGCCUCGCGUCGCGGCUUAUCAGGACACGGCGCCCGGAGGUGGAUUUUUUUUACCCCAGGAAAGGGAGGUCGGUGGUUGUGGAGGAUCCGACGGGAGAGGAUGUGGUUUGGGAGCAGCGGGAGAAGGAUGUGGAGGCGGAGAGGGAGGGGAGGAUGGUGACGAGCCCUGGGUUUAGUUUCUCUGCCGCUGGGUUGUUGUUUCCCUACCAUCUUGGUGUUGCUCAACUGCUUCUUGAGAAAGGCUACAUCAAGGAAACCACGCCUUUGUCUGGCUCAUCAGCUGGAGCAAUAGUAUGUGCAGUGAUUGCUUCUGGAAGCAGUAUGCAGGAAGCCCUACGAGCUACCAAGAUUCUUGCUGAUGAUUGUCGACUCAAUGGCACUGCAUUCCGCCUAGGAGCAGUCCUCAGGGAUGUUCUUAACAAUUUCCUGCCUGAUGAUGCACACACAAGAUCCAAUGGAAGGGUUCGUGUUGCUAUCACUCAGUUAUUCUGGAGACCAAAGGGUCUGCUUGUGGAUCAAUUUGACUCCAAGGAAGACCUUAUCAAUGCAGUCUUCACCUCUUCAUUUAUCCCUGGGUAUCUAGCACCAAGGCCGGCAACUAUUUUCCGAAAUCGGUUAUGUAUUGAUGGUGGUUUGACGUUGUUUAUGCCACCAACUUCUGCUUCAGAAACGGUGCGAGUAUGUGCUUUUCCAGUCAAUCAAUUAGGGUUAAAAGGCAUUGGAAUCAGCCCAGAUUGCAACCCAGAGAACAGAGCUGGCCCUCGACAGCUCUUCAACUGGGCACUAGAGCCUGCAGAUGACUACAUUCUUGAUAAACUUUUUGAGCUUGGAUAUUUGGAUGCGGAUGUCUGGGCUUCGCAAAAUCCAGUGGAAUCGAUCAUAAAAGAUGAAGAUGACAGCAAUGGUUCAGUGUCUCAGAUCAUAAGCUAGAUUGCUGAUAUAGUUGAAAAGUAGAUGGUAAGCGCUGACUGUUUCCCUGACAGUUAAAACAUUCGUAUAGCUAUAUUGUUUUACGAAGCAUUACUGCAACUGCUGCAUCCUGCAAGGGCACAGUUUUUACUUUGGGGAUCCUUAUUGGGAAAGGAGCAUAAGAAUUGAAAAAUUCUUUCGUUAUUUAAAUAAAUUUAAGCAAAAGAUGAGGAAGAAACUAAAGAGAUCA